AUGCAGAGCAAGAUCGAGGCGGAGGAGCAGCAGCGGGUGGUGCUGCCCUCCAUCCAGGCCGCCGAGCGGAGGCAGCCCGCCUCGGCCCGCGGCGGGCCGGCGGCGGGUGGGGGCGAGGGCGCGCUGCUGGCGAGGGCCGUGCGAGCAGAGGAGGACAGCCUGCGCCUCUGCACCGAGAGCGACGCGCUCAUGCGGCGGUCCCACCGCGCGUGCGGGGACGCGGCCGCGAAGUCGCAGGCGUCGCUGCAGCACCGCAUCCAGGAGACGAGCAUGCUGAAGAAGCACCUGGAGGCGCAGAAGGCGGAGACGGAGGAGGCCAUCGCGAAGACGGAGCUGGCCCUGGCCAAGAACAGGAAGAACCUGGACCUCUACGACCAGCCCCUGCGCGCUGUGAGCGCGCAGCUGGCCACCACGGAGGAGCCGCUCGGCCAGCACCGCAGGGAUCUCGAGGGCCAGCUGGAGCUGCUGCGCCAGGGCGCGCAGGAGCUCGAGGCCAAGUGCAGGGCUGGGGAGGA